GGGGCUGGGCGGGGUGGGGUCAGGUGUCGCUUUGUUUACGGCCAACAUUCCCCCGGUCAUACCGAGAGCCUCGCGCCUCGUUCCCGGAUUUUAGCGUUGGUCCGGCCGGAUGUACCGGAGCCUUUUGCCUCCUAGUCGGUCCCCGUCGGUUUGUUUCCCCGACGAACUCCAGCACGAUGAGAGAUGUUCACCUGAACAACGAGACGUGCGGUAACGGCUCUCUGCUCAGGUUGUGGUGCGGCUCGCAGUCGGCUGUGUGUUCAGUCUCUGGAGGUCAGGUGUUGUUCCACACACACCUGGACCGCAACAGCACAGAUGUGCAGACAGAUGUGGCCUACAACCCCUGGCUGGGUCUGACCCUGGCCGUGCUGUCGGCCUUCCUCAUCGGCGGCAGCGUCAUUCUCAAGAAGAAAGCUCUCCUCCGAUUGGCCAGCCACGGACACACCAGAGCAGGUGAGGGGGGUCACAGCUACCUGAAGGACUGGUUGUGGUGGGCCGGCCUGCUCACCAUGGGAGCCGGAGAGGUCUGUAACUUCGCCGCCUACAUGUUCGCUCCGGCCACGCUGGUGACCCCGCUUGGCGCUCUGAGCGUCCUUAUCAGUGCCGUUCUGUCCUCCUACCUGCUGGGGGAGGUGCUGAACGUGGUGGGGAAGCUCGGCUGUCUGCUGUGCAUGCUGGGAAGCGUCCUGCUGGUCAUCCACGCCCCGCAGGAACAGGAAGUGACAUCACUACGGGAAAUGACCAACAAGCUGCUGGAGCCCGGCUUCCUGCUGUACGCGGCGGCCGUGUUGCUGCUGUGCUUCGUGCUCGUGUUCUACUUCUCUCCUCGGGUCGGACCCUCCAACAUCUUUGUGUACGUCAGCAUCUGCUCGCUGCUCGGGGCCUUCACCGUGUCCUCCGUGAAGGGCCUCGCCAUCGCCAUCAGCACCGUGUUUCGUGAUGUUUCGGUGCUUACUAAUCCUCUCACCUGGAUCCUGCUGUUCACUCUCAUCGUCUCCAUAGUAACGCAGGUGAACUACCUGAACAAGUCUCUGGACACCUUCAACACCCUGCUGGUGUACCCCGUCUACUACGUCCUCUUCACCACCGUGGUUCUGUCCACCUCCAUCAUCCUCUUCCAGGAGUGGAGGAGCAUGGCGGCCGUGGACGUGGUCACCACGCUGGGGGCCUUUCUGGUCAUUGUGGUGGGCGUGGCCAUGCUCCACCUCUUCAGAGAGAUGCAGCUGUCAAUGAAGGAGCUGACCAAUCAGCUUGCUCAGCCGGUGGAGAGGGCGGGGCUUCCAGAGGAGGGAUCAGCCAAUGGACGAGCAGGAGGAGGACAAAGCAGGAGUAAAAAAGAGAAUAAAUAUAAACUAGUGGACAACAUGGUGAUAGAGAGUCUUCCUCCUAUGAGAGACGAAGGGCCGAGGGUCUUCAUCAUCAGCUGAAGAACAACGAGGGGGAGGGGGGGGGGUCGUGGUUCCUGUCUGGACUUUGUGGGCCGGCUCUCUAGUCCUCACUGUCUGUGCACUUUUAAAAAGGUUCAGUUUUUUUUAUCGAGGUCCAAACGCUUGAACAAACUAAAUACUUAGAUGUUAUGAAGAAAUAAGUUUAAAGCAUCUGAAAGGCAUUUAAGUGUGUAAAACUAAUACAUUAAAUACAGAUAUAAUAUAGAUUUGUUACUAAAUAUUAUGUAAGUGAGCUUUUGUUUUUAUUUCAUCUGUGAGUGAGGAUUUGAGUUUAAAUGUUUCAUCAAACGACGUAAUGAAUCGGCUUUGGGGAUCUAUAGGAGUGAUUGUGGUGAUGGAGGUGAUGGAGGUGCAUGGAGCACAGAGACCUGCUGGGACCCACGAGGUUGGUGGUUCAAACCCCAGCUGGUCCAUGCGCCAAAGUGUCCCUGAGCAAGACCCCUGACCCCGACCUGCUCCCCACGCAGAAUGUAACGCAUGUGUUAUAAUGCAUUGUAAGUCGCUUUGGAUAAAAGCCUCAGCUGAAUGACAUGUGAUGUAAUUGAUUAUUUAUUGGCUAAGCGGUGAUCCCAUUGAUCUUUAUUGAUCCAUUUGACGUCUGAACAAACUGAUCGGAGACUCAUUGCGUUCUGAAGCUUCUGAUCAACAAACAUUAGUUACUUUGGGAUCAAUAAGUUAUUGUGUAGUUCCAGGUGACUUUAUACUUCAUAUCUUUUGGAGAAGUCAUGUGAUCAGAAGUCAAACUACAUUUCUGAUUGUUUUAUUCAUGUUUUACUUCUCUGUAGUUUUAUGUUUUUACUUUUUAUGUUUUUUCAUGCAAACCGAAACAUUUCAAUAAAGA